GUGUGUGUAAACCAAACAAGGCUCUGGCCCUACACCAGGAGGUCGGCGCUCUCCUGAAGAAGGGUGUCAUCGAGCAAUCAGACAGAGCUUUACAAAACAGUGGAUUCUAUUCCACUUAUGAACCUUUCGCCUCACUGGGGAACCAACAAGCCCCUUAGGCCAAGAUGCACUUGCCCAUGUGUUGCCAAAUCGACUACUGUAUGCUUUCCCUCCACUACCAUUGAUACUGCCCACCCUAGACAGUAUCCUCUGGGGCAAUCACAAAAUGUUACUAGUAGCCCCCAAAUGGCCAGGGAGGGUAUGGUUUCCAAUAUAAUACAGAUUACUGUACUGGGAGACUUGGUGCCUCCCUAUGAGGAGGGAUCUCCUCUCGCAGCUGGAGGGUCGAAUCUGUCACCCAAACCCAUCCCGGCUGCAAUUUUGAGUCUAGCCUCUGAAGGGCCAGAGCCAUUAUUAAGGCUGUGUGAUUGAGCAGUUGUACAAAUAAAGCUUGUGGAUGACUGAGUCUGGCAAGGGAUUUAAAAAGAUCUCCAAAUUAUUUUAAAUACAUCAAUUCACUUUAACGAAAAUAAUCUACAAAUGAUGCAGGUUUCAAAUGAGACUGGCUGUCCCAGAAAAUUCUGAACAAGAAUAGAUUGUCUGAUGCAAAAAGAAGUCUCCAUGAACCCCAAAAUUUCAUCACCGGAUCUGCUAGUAAGUCUCACAACUGUUGGUGUCGAAGUGCAUGCUUUUACAAUCAGAGAUUGCACAAAUUUGACCUGCAUAGGAGGCAUGCCAGGAAAAAGCUUUUGCAAGACUGUAGUUUGCCAAUGAACAUGUAGGCAAAGACCAGGUCUUUUGGAAUAAUGUGCUCUGGACAGACAAAUCAAAGGCCACAGUAACAGCAGACAUGUUUGGCACAGACCAAAGACCGCUUUUCAGGAGAAGCACCUCAUACCAACUGUGCAGCACACUGGCGGAAAUGUUAUGGUUUGGGGUUGCUUCCCUGCCUCAGGGACUGUACAGCUUGCAUUCAUUGAUUCACCUAUGAAUUCUGCAUCAUAUCUAAGAGUGCUUGAAGAUAAUGUAAGGCCAUCUAACCAAAAGUUGAAGUUGAACCGAAGGUGGACCUUUCAGCAGGAUGGUGAUCCUAAGCACUAGGGAUGUCAUGAUGCCAAAAAUCUAGUAGUCGGUACCGAUACCACCAAAAGUACACGAUACUCGAUACCAAAGUCGAUACCACGGUAUAAAAAUGGUAUAAAAAUAAAAAAAUAAAAUAAAAACUCUCCUGGAGGAUAUCCUCCUCUGGCUGAUACUGGCAAAGAGAGAGAGAGGGAGUGGGGGUAUUUCAGUUAUCAAACACUGUCUGAUAAUGAGUGGACGUGCACUCCUAAACGCGCACACACGCAUGCACAGACGCGUGCGCACACGCAUGCACAGACGCGUGCGCACACGCAUGCACAGACGCGUGCGCACACGCAUGCACAGACGCGUGCGCACACGCAUGCACAGACGCGUGCGCACACGCAUGCACAGACGCGUGCGCACACGCAUGCACAGACGCGUGCGCAUACGCGCGUACACACACAUCUUAUAUUCUGAAUGCAAACAUUCGUUUAAAUUCACUGAUAUGGUGGCAGGCCAAAAAGAUUUAUUACAGGCAUGAACAUUUGAAUAAUUAUUAGUGACAUUAUGCUACAUGUUGCUGACAGGACACGGGCUUAAUGGCGAUGCAUGGUGGCCCAUUAGGAAGUAGUUUAUAACACUGCAAUGCGUUAGCAUUGUUAACACACAACUGGCUAUCACUAACAUUACAUGGAGCAUAACGUUAGCUGGUUUCACGGCCACAAUGCCAGCUGCCUCAAACAGACAUAAUAUAUGACCGUUUUUCAGGUGCUUCGCCCAAUUCCAGGUGUUUCCUCGCUUUGUUUGAAAUGAACUAUAGCAUUGGUUGCACACCGGAAACCGAUACUAUCUUUCCUCUUAACGAGUUGGGGCAGAGCUAAACUUGUUAAGCUAAGCUAAUCUUUGUAGUUUUUCCCGUGUGCUUGUAGGCGUUCCUCUUCUUCUUCACUUGUGGACCGACUAAAACACUUGCGCGUAUUUGCUGCCCCCAUCAGGUCUGGAACAAUCACCCCCGGUACUUUCGUUACACUUGGUACCAAUGGAAAUGCCUGAAAACAAGUACCGUCACGUUUUAAGAAUGUUGGUACUGAAGUAUCGGUUCUCGUGACAUCCCUACUAAGCAUACUUUCAAAUCCACCAAGAAAUGACUCAAAAAGAAGAAAUGCAGGGUUCUGAAACGGUCUAGUCAAAGCCCAGAUCCCAUUGAAAUGGAAUUUGAAACGGGCAGUACAUGCAAGAAGACCCUGAAAUGUCUUGCAACUGAAAGAAUAUUACAUGGAAGAGUAAUUGGAACAGUAAAAUAUUCCAGCAAGCCUCGAUUACAAUUAUGCAAAAUGCCUACAAGUUAUUUCUGCUGAAGGGGGCAAUACUAGGUUCUGAGCCCAAGGGUGAACUUACUUUUUCCACAGAAGAAUAUCACAUCUAUUGAUAUUUCUCUUGAAUAAAUGAUUAAUUCAAUCCUUUUGGUGGUUUUGUUCAAGUGUAUCAACUUCAUUAAUAGGCACUGUUUCAAAGAUGAUAAAAUGUUUGUUGUCCAGAUAUGUCAAAAAAGUCGAUUUCUCUGUAUGUAUUUAUUUUUUCACAUGACUAUAAAUGUAUAAACAGCUUCACAGUUGUAAAUAUUGAUACAACAACAAUCAAGCAAGCAAACCAUCAAACAAAUUAACCUACCGUAAUUUCCGGACUAUAAGCUGCUACUUUUUUCACACGCUUUGAACACUGUGGCUUAAACAAUGAUGCGGCUAAUUUAUGGAUUUUUACGGGCUAACGAGCUUCAUGCCGCCAAAACGUUUAGCCUCGUCAUAUCGGACCAAUGAAAUUACCGAACAGGUCACAGUGGACCAAUGAAACUGAUCGAAUUAAAUCAAAUGCACUCACACUAAAUUCUUCAGAUCAGUCAUUUAGCGCUUCAUGCACACAUCCUCAUCAUAGAAAACACACAAAGAAAUGCAUAUCAUGCAGCUUUCAAGUUAAAGGCGAUCGAUCUGGCUGUCGAAGAACGAAAUAGAGCUGCUGCACGUAAGCUUGGCAUCAAUGAAUCGAUGGUGAGACGUUGGAGACGGCAGCGUGAAGAACUGACUCAAUGCAAAAAGAUGACAGAAGCUUUCAGUGGUAAGAAAAGCAGAUGGCCCGAACUUGAAAAAGCUCUUGAAGACUGGGUGAACACACAGAGAGCAGACGGCCGAGGUGUUUCCACUGUGCAGAUCCAACUGAAAGCCAAAACAAUCGCCAAAGAAAAGAAGAUUGAAGAUUUUAGAGGUGGACCAUCGUGGUGUCUCAGAUUUAUGAGGCCUGUCCAUCAGGGCAUGGAUGACUGUGUCAGCAACUCCCUCCCGACUACUAGGAAAAAGUUACAAACUUCCGCAAAUUCACUCAAACAAUUAUAGCCGAGAAUUCCAUUGGACCGGACGACAUCAUAAAUAUGGAUGAAGUACCUUUGACGUUUGACCUGCCUCUUACUAGGACUGUUAACAAAAAAGGUGAAUCGUCCGUCAAGCUGAAAACAACUGGCCAUGAGAGAACGCAUUUCACUUGUGCUCUGAGCUGCACAGUAUCCGGACAAAAGCUUCCACCAAUGGUGAUUUUUAAGCGGAUGACGAUGCCAAAAGAAAAACUCCCGAAAGAAAUCGUGAAAGUCAACAAGAAAGGGUGGAUGAUAGAAAGCCUAAUGAAGGAAUGGCUGACAGAGUGCUACGGCAAGCAACUGGGGGGGAUUUUUUCACAGAAAAAAAGCAUUGCUCGUUUUGGACAGCAUGAGGGCCCAUAUAACAGAUUCUGUGAAAGCAGCCAUCAAGAGGACAAACUCAAUUCCAGCUGUGAUUCCUGGGGGCACAACGAAGUAUUUGCAGCCACUCGAUAUCAGUGUGAAUCGUGCAUUUAAAGAGGCACUCCGAGUUGAGUGGGAGGCUUGGAUGACUAGCGGCGAGAAAUCAUUUACCAAAACUGGCCGCAUGCGAAGAGCAACUUUUGCUCAAGUUUGCCAGUGGAUCCUAACAGCGUGGAGCAGUGUCAAAAAAUCUACCAUCACCAACGGGUUUCGAAAGGCUGGACUGCUGCGUGAUGAAGAGGACAGCACAAGCUCAAUAGCGAAUUUGCCUUGAGAUGUAAGUGAUAUUAAGAGCGACAACGAAAGAGAGACUGAGGAAGUGUGUGAUGAAGUACCGGUAAUUCUGAGGCUGUUCAAUUCCGACACUGAAGAAGAUGACUUUAGUGGUUUUAGUGCGCAGGAGGAAGAUGAAGAUAGCGAUCAAUGACUUUUCCUGGGAGUGGCAGAUGGAGAGAUCUUUUCAGACAGCGCUAUUUCUGCUCAGGCCAGAGAUGGUCUUCAUUUUGGGAGAUGUUUUCGAUGAAGGCAAAUGGAGCUCCACUAAGGACUGGGAAGAUGAUGUGAGGCGCUUCAAACAGAUCUUCUAUCACUCCAGCAACACAGAACUUGUGGUCCUUAUUGGCAACCAUGACAUUGGAUUUCAUCACGAAAUGACCUCUUAUAAACUUGAGCGUUUUGAGAAAAUUUUCAACAUGACAUCAGCAAAGAUCCUCACCAAAAGAGGAGUAAAUUUCUUAUUGGUGAACAGUGUGGCACUACAUGGAGAUCACUGUCCGAUCUGUCAGAGUGUGGAGGACAAACUUUACAGUUUCGCACAGCAACUUAACUGCUCCACACAGUCUGAUGCUACAAGGAAUCAUUGCAGGGACAUGCAGACACAUGCAUCAACGCCUCCCAUCAUACUUCAGCACUACCCUCUAUAUCGUACCAGUGAUGCUGAGUGCACAGGUGAAGAUGCAGCACCACUCAAUGAACGCUAUCAGCUCUUUCAGGAACGCUAUGACGUGCUCUCUCAGGAUGCCUCAAAGAAGCUACUGUGGUGGUUCCAACCACGCCUCAUUCUGAGUGGCCACACCCACAGCAGCUGUGAGGUUUUCCAUGAGAAUCGUUUCCUGGAGAUCAGCGUUCCAUCUUUCAGCUGGAGGAACCGCAACAACCCCAGCUUCAUCCUGGGCACCUUUUCGACAUCUGAUUUUGCACUGUCUAAGUGUUUCCUGCCAGAGGAGAGCAGUAUUAUAGCAGUAUAUUGCAGCAGUGCGGUUGUAACUGUGCUGAUUAUACUUGUGCAUCUGCGUCCCUUCCAAGGAGCACUGCAUAUAGUAAACAGUCUUUUGGGCAAGAAAAAGUCUUUGUGAAACACACACACAUACUAAUGUCCAUGCUUUCAGGAAACUGAGCACUGAUGUACCUAAGAGAGAAUUUUAGAUACUGCAAAUACUAUUGUUACAUCUAUAAAUGUAUAUUUAUAUAUGCAAAUUCUUUUAUACUGUGAUGUCAACUUGACCUAAUAGAGUAUUGUAUUGGUGUUUUGCAUUAAUUGGUCUUCUAAAUGGUUUACAUUUAAAAUUCCACUUUGCCCUAAUUACAGGCCAAGCCAUUUUCUUUUUCUUUUAAAUAAACAAAUAAGUGAUGUCUUUAACUGUAGUUUUAUGUGGAACAAAGGCAAUAAAAGAAAGUAUCUACUGUA